AUGAAAGUAUUAAAUAUUCUGACUAUAUUAUUUAUUGCAACGACCACUACUGCCAAUCAACUUCAUUCAGAUCCAUUUAGUGACAAUGUAGUUUACUUCGAUACACAUCUGGCAGAGAGAGAGCCCAAUUUGAAGGACAUGUGGGAUGACUUAUGGCCAUUUCAAGGAAUAAAUACGUUUGCUCAUUUAGAACAUAAUAAGUGCCUACUUGAUCCUGACCAAGAAUACGAUAUUGGAAUUAUUGGUGUACCUUUCGAUACAGCUACUUCAUAUAGACCUGGGGCAAGAUUUGGCCCAAGAGCAAUUAGGUCAGCUUCUCAAAGACAAACAUCACUUAGAGGAUAUAACCAAAGAGCAGACUUUAACCCUUAUACAUCAUGGGCAAAAGUCAUCGAUUGCGGAGAUAUGCCUGUUACGCCAAUGGAUAAUUCAUUAGCUUUUAAACAAAUGAAUAAAGGGUUCGAAGAGUUAAUAGCACGCCGUAAUUCUAAAAACUCUACAGUAACUCCACCAAGAUAUAUUGCCUUAGGGGGUGAUCAUUCUGUCUUAUUGCCACAUUUACGUGCACUCCAUGAAGUUUAUGGAAAAAUCAAUAUACUUCACUUUGAUGCUCAUUUAGAUACCUGGGGUCCAGAUAAAUAUCCAUCGUUCUGGCAUUCCAAACAAGCUGAGCUUAAUCAUGGUUCAAUGUUAUGGAAAGCCAAUAAGGAGUGUCUUACAAGUGAACAUAAUGUUCAUGCUGGUGUGAGAACCAAGUUAUCGGGAAUCGAAGACUAUGUCGAUGACGACAGCCAAAAUUUUACUAGGAUCACGGCAGACGAUAUAUGGAUAAAAGGUGUACAAUAUGUCGUUGAUAAGAUUUUGGAAACCAUUCCACCAGACACUCCUACAUAUUUAUCGGUAGACAUAGAUGUUUUGGAUCCAGCAUUUGGAAGUGGAACUGGAACCCAAGAGCCAGGUGGGUGGUUACCAAGAGAAUUAAUACAUGUUUUGAGAUCUAUUGAAAACUUAACUAUAGUCGGUGCUGAUAUAGUUGAAGUUUCACCUGCAUUUGAUACUGCUGAAAUUACUGCAACUAAUGGAGCACAGGUUGUAUUCGAAAUUUUGACAAGCAUGGUUAAAAAAGGAAGUGUCGGCCAUUUGGUGAAAAAUAAUAACCCAAAAGAGUUAUUGGAAGUUAAGUCCAAAAAUGAUGGUAAGUCAACUCAAUACCUUGACAAGCAGGAGAUUAAUAGAUUGAUUGAAAAUAAGUUGCAAGAGUUUGAAAAUAUAAAAUUCAAUUUAUUAAGUGAAAUUGAACAGUUACGGUCAACAUGA